CAAGAUGACAGGAUAUGUUGGUCUGAGGCCCCCAGCUCUAUUGUCAUCCACAAGCCAUAUGGAUUAGCUCACCUACCUAGGCAUGUUGAGAUACGCUGUCUUUAUGCUCCGUAUCCUUUGGUUCAGACAAUUGUUCUCAGGGAUGUUCAUCUCCUUCAACAAAGUAAUAACUGUGUGAUUGCUGCAGUAGGAAGAUCAAUUUAUGGUCUCUUGCCUGUUCCUGUUGGUGCCCAGAUUGUACAGUUGACAGCAUCUGGGAAUUUCGUGGGGGCAUUAGCUUUGUGUAAGCUACUUCCACCAGAGGAUUCUAGCCUUCGAACAGCAAAAGAAGCCUCUAUACAUAUAAGGUAUGGGCAUUAUCUGUUUGAUGAUGGGAGCUAUGAGGACUCCAUGGAUCAGUUCUUGACUUCCCAAGUGGAUAUAACAUAUGUAUUAUCUUUA